UCCAUUUUUGUGCCAUAAUUUGUGCCAGUGUUAGCGUUGCUGCUGCUGCUCGAUACUGCGUGAAUGCCUAGAGCCAUGAGAAAGAGACGUAGGUGAGUUGCGCAGUCAUGUGUGUCUAUUCCACAAAUAUGACCUUCGACAGUUCACAGAACGUUCUGUAUUAGUUGGAAUAGAAUAAGGAAGCUCUUCUCGACGAUCACAGAGUCAUAGCAAUUCAGUGGUACCGUAAAGACGGUCUUAUACAGCUGUGACGGGAUUAUGACGAAUCCACGAACCGAUACUUGGACAAUGAAAAGCUAUUCAGUGGAAGAAGCCAGUUAUUGUCACUGAAAACGCCAUCAUGAACAUCGGUGAUACCCUGCCAGGUCGUGAGGAGCGGAUUGUGUGCCUGAAGCCCCUGUACCUCGACUUAGACGGUACGCGAUUGUCAAAGACGUUCACAAUCAAAAGUUGGCGGGAAGCCAUCAGCUACCAGCCUCGACCCGACGAUGUAUUCGUAGCCACUUUUCCAAAAUGCGGCACCACCUGGACUCUGGAGAUUACUUACCUGUUGAACAAUGACGGUGUUCCCCCGGCGGACCACCUAGACCGUUUACGAAACAAUCCGUUUAUAGAAGUUACGGGACAAGAAGGACCACGCAGAAUGCGUCGGCCCGGCUGCAUCAAGACACACUUACCAAGAAAUCUCGUACCAUAUUCGCCUCAAGCAAAAUAUAUUUAUGUCCUCAGAAACCCUAAAGACUGUGUGGUUUCAUAUUUUCACCACCAAACGAAAACGUUCUCGGGAUACGACUUUGCCGACGGAAAAUUCGAGGAUUUCUUCGAGCUAUUUAUGGCUGGUGAGAUUGAAUACAAUGACUACUUCACACAUCUACUCUCCUGGUAUCCACAAACAAAGGAAGACAACACCAUUUUUCUCCACUACGAAGAUAUAAAAAAGGACCCUCGCAGUGAGAUACUCCGAUUAAGCAAGUUUAUGGAUGAAAAUAUUUAUAAUAAAAUUCUCACCACGGAUUUACUAGAUAAAGUCAUCAAAAACAGCUCGAUUGACACGAUGAAAAAGGAGUUCUCAAAAUUUGAGAUUCCUUUAAAGAUGGUCGACGAUGACGCGCCAGGUAUUAAAAAUUUUAUAAUGGCAAACAUUCCUUCGAAAAUUGAAGACGAAUCUGUCGCGAAAUUUCCCAGUUUUGUUCGAGAGGGUCGCGUUGGCGGCUGGAGAGACACCCUUACACCGGAAAUGAACGCUCGGCUUGAAAAAAAAAUCCUGGAAGUGCUAGAGCCGGUUUGUCCAGAUGUUGUCGACAAGUGGCGUCAACAUGGGAUCCUGACAUCCUAACUGUCUUUCAAAUGAAACAAUGAUCACUUUCACAGAAUUGUGAUAUAUUUAUUUCUCUAUAACAGGCACCACAGAAACUAAAAAUAAUAACAAGGUCUUUUAUAUUCAAUACUCUUACACCCUGGGCUGGCCAAUAAAACCAAAUUUUAGAACAGACAUAAAGACAACAGUUCUUAACUGCAAAAAUAAGAAAGCAAAGAAAUAUUGUCUAAAUCUGAAUCUAUUAUAAAGCCUUCAGGUUAUUUAGUUGUUUAUUUCUAACGACACAACAGCACAACUUUAAAGAACAUAAGCUUACCAAAUGAUUUACUUUUGUGGUUGAGAAAUUUUACCUCAGUCAGUCGUGUAUCUAUUAGACAGCAAACACGAUGAUUUAAGGACGAUUCAAAAGUACGAUCUAUUUAUCCCUGAAUAAUCACUAGAAAUAAUAUUUUGUAAUGACAUCAGCGAACUAAUCAUAUGUCACCUAAGCUCCUCAAUGUACGAACACUUUCCAAAUGGUCGUCUCGCUUGAUGCGCUGCAGGAUCGACAAUGGUCUGUGAAUUAUUAUAGAAAAUUAAUGGGAGACGCGUAAAGCAGUAGAAUAUUUUUCUAUUUUUCAGUAAUUUACUUUGGUUUCAUAGCAUUAAUCACAUGCAUCCGGAUAGACGCUAGAGGUUAACUAUAUACUAGGUCCCCUAUUUUAAAAUAAACCUGACCAUUCAGUCGUGUUC